AUGUCGUUGGACGGCAGGGUGGUCACUCAAAAAGAAGAGGAGGAGCUUGUCAGCGCGCCGACGAAGGCAGUGGAGAAGUUUCAGGAGGUCGUCGCACACUGCGUUUUGAGGGACCCGAAAAAGAAGGGGACGGCCAAGAAGAAGGUUUUCUCGAUCCCGCCCAAGAACACAACGAACCAGUCUACGAAGAGCCAAGGGAGGAAGUCGGGUGUGAAGGAUAAUAUAGCCAACGCCUUCGCUGGGGGGCGUGAGUUCAAGGCACUGUUUUUGAACACUAUGGAUGCUGCCGACGAACACGGGUCGGUCACGCCGGAGCUUUUGGCUGAACUGGUGUCUCAAGUGGGAGCUCCCCGGCCAUAUAGCAUGCUAAAUUCCGAAGGAGGCCCAAACGGGUGGGCAAACGAAGAGGUCCCCGACGGAUACAAAGAUGAACCGUUCUACAAGCCCAACGCUCACGGCGUGGAUCUGCCGGUUUCAAUCCACCAAGGUGUAAGGCAAAUAAACUUGGAGGAGGGAACGGUGGGGGUGAUCCGCUACUUCGAACAAGAGUUGCGCUCGAAAUGGCUGAUGGACACCGACCUACUUGUCGUGUGCUACGAUCGCGCGGAACUUGUACCCGUUAUCAAAGGGCAAGAACAGCUGGCGCGGAC